AUGGACACUGACGUGAAGAAAACCGCGGAGAACCUCCUGCAGCCCGAGGCGAACGACUCGACCGAGCAAGUGCCGGAAGUCUACCGUUCGCUCAACUUCCGCAGUCUCCAGGACCCGUACUCGCAGAACCGGGACACCAUGGCGAGUCGCUACAGUACCUUACGUGCGGACACCCUGGACACGAUGCUCACUGGCGGCCUCGAGCGGUUCUACAAGAAGUACGACCACCUCUCGAAGAAGAUCAACCUGCAGCUGCCAACGCCGGAAGUCCGGUUUGAGAACCUCUCGUUCUCGGUGCAAGUGCCAGCUACCGUCGGUGCGAAUGCGACGGUCGGGAGUUACUUGAGCUCGAUCUUUACGCCGUGGCAGAAGGUCCCGAUGAAGACGAAGCACGCGCUUCAUCCCAUGACGGGGAUCAUCAAACCCGGGUCCAUGACGUUGGUGCUGGCGAACCCGGGAGCGGGUAAAUCGACCUUUUUGAAGGCGAUGGCUGGGAAGCUCCAGGACAAUGAACAGACGGACAUUGGGGGUGAAAUCCUCUACUCGGGGCUGAAAGGAGACGAGAUUGACCUGAUUAAGCUCGUGGGACUCGUGGACCAGACGGACAACCACAUUCCGACCUUGACUGUGCGCGAGACGUUCAAGUUUGCCGACAUGUGCGUCAAUGGACGUCCUGAAGACCAACCGGAGGAGAUGCGGGACAUUGCAGCGUUGCGGACGGAGCUGUUUCUCCACAUUUUGGGGCUCGAGAAUUGCGCCGACACGGUGGUGGGAGACGCGCUGCUUCGAGGAGUGAGCGGCGGUGAACGCAAACGUGUGACCGUGGGAGAAGUGCUCGUGGGGGGCCAGAGUCUCUUCCUGUGUGACGAGAUCUCGACGGGACUGGACAGUGCAGCGACGUUUGACAUUAUCAAGUCGAUGCGCACGUUCUGUAAGACGCUCGGGGGUUCAGUGAUGGUCGCGCUGCUGCAACCGACGCCUGAAGUCGUCGAGAUGUUUGACGACAUCUUGAUGAUCAAUGAGGGCUACAUGGUGUACCACGGUCCUCGUACCGAGAUCCUCGACUACUUCCAGGGCUUGGGCUUUACUUGUCCUCCUCGAGUUGACCCGGCUGAUUACCUGAUUGAAAUCACCUCGGGUCGUGGUCAUCGCUAUGCUAAUGGGAUUGUCCCGGUCAAGGACAUGCCAGUGGCGUCCGAAGACUUUCACAAUCUCUUUUGCCAGUCGUCGAUCUACAAGAAGACGCACGAAGCUAUCAGCAAGGGCUUUAACGAGCACCAGUUUGAGAGCGCCGAGGACUUUAAGAAGGCCAAGAGCGUGGCCAACUUGGCGCGCUCGAAGCAACAGUCGGAGUUUGGGCUGGCUUUCGUGCCCAGCACGAUGCUAUUGCUGCACCGUCAGAAGCUGAUUUGGCUGCGUGAUCCGCCGCUGCUGUGGGGAAAGCUGCUGGAAGCUCUCAUCAUCGGUUUGGUCAUGGGUAUGAUCUUCUUUGACGUGAGCUCCAAGUACUACCUCCGCAUGAUCUUUUUCAGUAUCGCGCUGUUCCAGCGUCAAGCUUGGCAGCAGAUUACCAUCUCGUUCCAGCUCCGCAAGGUCUUUUACAAGCAACGGCCGCGCAACUUUUUCCGGACAACGUCGUAUACGAUUGCGGAAAGUGUCGUGCAGAUUCCCGUCAACUUUGCCGUGUCGUUCGUGCUGGGCACGUUCUUCUACUUCAUGAGUGGCUUGACGCGCUCGUUUGAGAAGUUCGUGGUGUUCUACCUUGUGCUGCUGAGUUUCCAGCAUGCCAUUAGUGCGUACAUGACGAUGCUGAGUGCGUUGUCGCCGAGUAUCACGGUUGGUCAGGCGCUGGCAUCGAUCUCGGUGAGUUUCUUCCUGCUGUUCUCGGGUAACAUUAUCUUGGCCGACUUGAUCCCGGAGUACUGGAUCUGGAUGUACUGGUUCUCUCCGAUCUCGUGGGCGCUGCGCAGUAACAUGCUGUCCGAGUUCUCUUCUGACCGGUACACGGCUGAGGAGGGCAGGUCAGUGCUGGAGAGCUUUCGCGAUCACUGA